UGAACGCGUGUGUGCUAACCGUGCCUAAUGUGCGUCGCUACGGGUUGCAGCGGGGUGUGAGUGUGUGUUAGUGCAAGGCGACGGGCAGGUCGUAGCGUGCAGUGAUGUUUUUGUUUGUCCCGCGUCCGUACGUGCCGUUUUGGUGGAUCUUUUACCUGGUCGGGUUUUUUUGUACCUUUCGAUUCGAAUAUACCCGUUUCAAUCACGUGAAGCUACCAAGUCUUCCAUACUGCUGUUAAUGCUUGCAAGUGUGCAGAAGUCAGCUGAAGCGAGGAGUAACAGGGUGCUUACCUGUUGUGUCGUGUGAAGGAGCAGCCAGGCAGGUGUCUUAACACAUUCGCAAACGAAAUGCUACACACCGCUUGAAGGAAGAUAACGAACAUCCGAAGGUCCGUAGACGCAUCUCGCUCGUCACGCGUCACUUGCUGACCACUUGCUGCUACUCACACACACACGCUGGAUGUUGUUGGCGAGCGACUUAGUGUAACCGGGAACCGAGCACGAGCUGCAAUGCUUCCAUCGAACGGAUCCGAACCGGUCGGGCCCGUUGGCCAGAAUGAGGCCAAACUGUUGGCGAUCGUAGUGCUCGGGUUCGGCAGCUUCCUGUGCGGCGUGCUGCCGAUCUACAUAUCUCAGCGCAACCGGCAACGCUACCCGGGCACCCUCUCCUUUCUGCUCUGUCUCGGGGCGGGCGUCCUGCUGGCCACGGCCAUCGUGCACAUGCUGCCGGAGAUACGCGAAGCGCUCGGCGAGUACGCGGAGAUUGUGUUUUGCAGUGGCUUUUUCCUCAUGUACGCCAUCGACGAGCUGGUAGAGUUUUGCGGCAUCGCUGGACACAAUCAUGGAGAGGAUGGAGAGGGUGAGCGGCGGACGGAGCAGGACGGGCGGUAUGGGGAAGACUCGGACGCGGCAAGCACUUCGAGCCGCCGGGAGCGGCGGUACGGUGCGAACGAGGAAACAAAAUCGCUUCUCGGCAGCGGCAAUGACUCCGAAGUGACCGCCUCCCGACGAUCGCUGGAAAGUGUGGUGGGGUUGGGCGGCAAUCUAUCCCGCCGCUCGUCGCUGAAUGGACCGCCGCCCGCGGGAAGGGGACAACAAUCGGGACAAAGUGCUGCCGAGCUGCAGCUGACCGGUGUGUUCGGGCUGCUGCUAGCGCUGUGCAUGCACUCGCUGCUCGAAGGGCUAGCGAUCGGGGUGCAGAACUCGGGGCCGAAGGUGUUGCUGCUGCUCGGCGCCGUCAGUGCGCACAAGUUCGUGGUUGGGUUCGCGCUUGGCGUGCAGCUGGUCGCGAACGGUGCGCGGGAGCGCUGCUCCCACGUGCUGCAGGUGCUAACGUUUUCGCUCGGCUCGGUGGCCGGCAUUGGCAUUGGUAUGGGGCUGGAUGGGCUGAACGAAACGCUUACCACGCUCAUCAUGCCGGUGCUGCAGGGAUUGGCGGGCGGCACGCUGCUGUACGUCACCGUCAGUGAGGUGUUGCCGCGCGAACGGGCGAAACGACGGUGGCACACGCGGGCCAUGGGACCGGGCCAGUUUGGGGCCGUUGUGGUGGGCUUUUCGCUCAUGUCCGCGUUAAGCUUGGUGUUGAGCGAUGAGUAGAGUAGGGCGUCCCUGCUCAUCGUCUGCCCGUUAUCGUAUGAUCGUAGUUCCUGGUGGUGACGGACACUCUACAAGCUGGGCGAACGAACAAAAUGCGCGAUGCUCAGAGUAUAUCUCGGAUCGGUCACCGGCUGUGCCAAAAAUGUUUUAAUACUAGGAUUUUUAUGUUAAAUUUUACAAUCGAAUAGAGAAGUUGAGACGAUGUAGUUAUAUAGCAGCUGAUGUACAAAUGGAAGGCAAGGGCGUUAGUAUUACCUGAAAGUGUGUAGUUUUGUGAGUUUUUGCAGGGAGGUAGGUAGCAACUUUGGAUAGCUUUUAAUCGUACAAGCAAUAAAAAGAACAAAAGCUGCCAUUUUACACUUUUA